AUGGAUAUUAAACAACAACUUUCUGUAGAUAAGUCCUCGGAUAAGACGGAUUCUGCUUCCAUUGAAAAGGGAACUGUCCGUAGGGGCUUGGAGGCUUGGGCAAAGAAACUAUCUGUUGAGGCGGGAGGGAUUGAGAGAGUUACUGAUGAGGAGAGGCUCAGCAACACGACGCAUGUUUGGAAUGCUUGUACUUUCUGGUUGAGUGCCAACAUGGCUGUGGCUACUUUGUCCACGGGGAUGGUUGGUGGUAGCAUGGGAUUGUCCUUCUGGGAUUGCUUCGCGAUCAUCCUCGUGGUGAACAUUGCUUCUUGCCUCCUACCAGCCUGGACAGCAUCGUUCGGAUUGACGGGCUUACGAAUGACUACAUUCUCACGGUACUCCUUCGGCUACUGGGGCAACCUCCUCGUUGUUAUCUUCUCCAUGGUCUCAACAACAGGCUGGAACGCGAUAAACAGCAUUUCUGGGGCGUCAGUCCUCAGCGCACUCUCUGAUGGAAAAUGCCCCCAAUGGGCCGGUGUCCUGAUAAUCUGCACGACGGUAUGGAUUAUCUGCGUCCUCGGCAUCUCAUGGAUCCAUCGCCUCGAUGCCUUCCUCUGGAUCUCGCCAUUCGUCGUCUGGUGUGUAGCUGCCGGCACUGGAGCUCAGAAUUUCCACGGCGAUGCAGUCAAGUCCCCAACAGGGCCCAAUGGUGCUGCAGCUGCUCUGUCCUUCAUGGCUGUGGUGUUCUCGUUUGCGGUUUCUUGGAUCAAUUGCGCCGCGGAUUACAACGUGAAGAUGCCUGCCAAUACGCCCAGGUAUAAGAUCUUCUGGGCCACAUAUGCUGGGAUUUUUGUACCAACAGUUCUCGUACAAACACUCGGCGCAGCACUAUACUCCGGAGUCCAGGCCAACGCCGCCUGGAAACACGCAUAUCUUGCGUAUGGGGUCGGUGGUCCCUUGAAGAUGGCUUUGGAGCCUGCAGGCGGAUUUGGCAAAUUCCUUAUGGUGUUGGCAGCUUUGAGCUCUAUCCCCAAUAACAUCCCAAACAACUACUCUUUCGCCAUGCACGCCCAGAACUUCGGUCCCUGGGCUCUCCGCAUCCCCCGCGUCAUCCUCGUAACAUUCGGCUUCGUUGCAGCAGUCAUCGUCGGCUGCUGCGCAGCUCGAUUCUUCCCGGAAGCCACGCUCCAAACAUUCUUGAGUAUCAUCGGGUACUGGACCGUGGUCCACAUCGUUGUGGUUACGGAAGAACAUUUCAUUUUCAGACGCGGGAGAUGGAGUCUGUACGAUCUUGAUGCUUGGAGCAAGCAGGAUCUUUUACCAUUCGGGUGGGGCGCCAUUGGGGCUUUUUGCUUUGGGUUUCUUGGCGCUGCGCUCGGGAUGAAAAUCACCUGGUAUACGGGGCCGAUUGCGGAGCUUAUCGGGAAGAAGGGUGCGAAUUUGGGGCAUGAGCUGACGUUUGCUUUCUCUGCGCUGACAUUUCCGUUGUUCAGGUGGUUGGAGAAGAAAUAUACUGGGAAGUAAAACAUUGUCGGGCGAAGAUAUUCUUUGUAGGCGUUAUUCAAGUUGCUGGUCCUGGAAUAUAUGGAUCCCAAUCAGGAAUGAAAUCGAAGUUCCC